CGAAGUUAGAAUACGUUCGCCUGCCUGACCAGUUCGCGGCAGUUGAAAAGCGUGUAAGCGGCUCGCGCACGCGCACUCCUCCAGCCGAGCUUGCGCAUAAUCGAAACUUUACGCGGGAAAGUCGUGAUAAAGUAAAUAAAACUUCGCGACAUGGCUACGUCAGCCAUGUACGCGCGGCUCCUGGCGCUGCUUGCUGUGGUGGUGAUCACGCAAUCACUCACCAUGGACGAAGAGGCAACCAGCACUGUUAUAGCAGCAGCGGAGUCAGCACGAGAUGGCGGUGAGCUCGCGAUCCUUGUGCGAGGACCUUCAGGCAGUGCUGCGAGAAGAGAAGAGCUGCUUCAUGCGAAGGGAGCUGAAGAUGUUGCCAUCUCACUCUUUUAUAAUGGGAAGACUAACAAGGUAUCCCUGGAGAGUCUCCACGGAGGUCACAUAAAGUCUGUGUCAUGGGGACUGGGUGACAGCCCUCGCGGUACCUUGGCCUUGGUGAUAACUCCUAGCAGAGUGAAGCUCAUCGUGGGUUGUAAGCCUCUACACUGGCAUAGCAUGUCCGGCAGACAUGAUCUCCUGGCUACGUUGUCCAGCCAGAAAAUGAAAUUGUACCACGAAGAAAAUGCACCAGUCGAAGUAUACAGUAGUGAACGUGCAGUUUUGGAUUCUCUAAACUGCAACCAUCAUGCUGAUACCAUGAAGCCACCAGCACUUACGACUGUUGAAGAAACAGACUUUGAAGAAGUUAGAGACUUCUUAGCGAAGGAUGCUAGAAGGAAACGAGAGGAAGAGAUGCAAGGGGACGAGUACAGAGGAAAUUAUAUCGACCCUAAUGUCUUACCACAGCCCCCUCCGCAACCAAACCGAGGCGAUAUACCUUCUAAUGCUAUUGAAUCUUGUGACGAUGAGGUCAUUCGUCAGCUUACGUUGCUUCGUCAGACUAUCGAUCAUCUUCGUCGUGAGAUUGGAGAGCAGAAGGGCACCAUCGACAGUCUCCGCAGUCAACUGCGUCAGUGCUGUAACAGAGUUGUACCUACUCCACCGCCCGUGGAGCGAUGCAGCGGAUCCUCUUGUUAUCCUGGCGUGGAGUGCCGUAACACGGCCUCCGGAAUCCAAUGUGGGUCGUGUCCGCAAGGCAUGGAGGGAGACGGACGGAGGUGCAGACCCAUCAGCUGCAACAGACGACCCUGUUCACAAGUGGAGAGAUGCGUGGAUACGGAGCAAGGCUACCGAUGUGAGAGAUGUCCAGGACGACAGACUAGCGAUGGACAAACCUGCCGUGCCGCGUGCAGCUCCAACCCUUGCUUUGGUGGACGUGUCCAAUGUCAAGACCUACCGGAUGGAGGCUACCGAUGCGGAUCUUGUCCAGAAGGUUACCAUGGAAACGGAGAACAAUGUUACAGGAUCUCUUGUCGUCAGAACACCUGCUUCCAAGGAGUGGAAUGUCAGGAAACAGCAUCAGGACCUCGUUGUGGAUCCUGUCCAGCCGGUUACCAUGGUAACGGACAGCAGUGCCAGCAUGUGUGUGAUAGCCACAAACCAUGUGGGAACAGGAGAUGUAGCCCGACCUCUACCAGCCCCUACUACAAUUGUGAAGGAUGUCCUAAAGGAUUUGAAUGGAAUGGUUAUGGAUGUGUCGAUAUAGAUGAAUGUGACCUCAUUAGGCCUUGUGACGAGGUUGUAUCCUGUCGCAAUGAGGAGGGUGGGUUCACGUGUGGGCCUUGUCCUCCGGGCUACGAAGGUAGCUCGGGAUGGCGAGGGUCUGGCAACGAGCGACGCAGGGAGCAAUGUGUCGAUGUCGACGAGUGUGCUGAUGGAAGGGCCAACUGUCCUAGGGGCAGGCUCUGUGUUAAUACUCCGGGUUCAUUCACAUGCGUGCCAUGUGGCGGUGGGUUCUAUGUGAACACGACGCGGCCCUGUCAGUCCCCGGACUCGUUGGUACUGCGCUGCGAUCCUGCGCACUGUCGCCGGUACAACGCUGUCUGUGGGUAUGGACACAAGUGCGUCUGCGCGACUGGUUGGGCAGGAAACGGCACAGUGUGUGGACCUGACAAGGAUUUGGACGGCUACCCAGACCACCAGCUCGCCUGUUUGGAACCUCGGUGUAGGGCUGACAACUGUCCAGAAGUCUCCAAUUCAGGACAAGAGGACGCUGACGGUGACGGCAUUGGAGACUCUUGUGACCCUGAUGCUGAUGGUGAUGGAAUUGCCAAUUUGCCGGACAACUGCCCACUUACGCCGAACCCUGACCAAUCGGAUCGUGACGAUGAUCGCAGUGACAAACGAGGUGAUGCUUGCGACAACUGUCCCCGAAGGUACAACCCUGGACAAGAGGAUACUGAUGGAGACGGCAUAGGAGACGUCUGUGAUCCUGACAUGGAUAAUGACGGUAUACCAAAUGAGAUGGACAAUUGUCCGCGGCGCUAUAACCCGGCUCAAGAGGACUUGGACAAUGAUGGCGUUGGAGACGCGUGUGAUAAUUGUCCUAGGAUACGCAACCGAGCGCAGGAGGACGCUGAUAGAGAUGGAGUUGGUGAUGCUUGUGAUAGCGAUAUUGAUAGGGAUCAGGACGGUAUCCAAGACAGUAUAGACAACUGUCUAAUGGUACCAAACAGUGACCAGCUGGAUGUGGAUGAGGAUGGCAUAGGAGAUGCUUGUGAUGACGAUGAUGAUGGAGACGGCAUCCCUGAUGUGCAAGACAAUUGUCCUUACAUCAAGAAUCCUGAUCAAAAAGAUUCCAACAACGAUGGAGUGGGCGAUGCGUGUGACAACGACUACGACGGAGACAAUGUUAUCAACGAGCUGGACAACUGCCCCAACAACUCCAAAAUAUUCCGCACUGACUUCCGGAAUUACAUGACGGUCCGAUUGGAUCCUGAAGGUGAGUCCCAACAGGACCCUAACUGGGAGAUAGCGAAUGAAGGUGCAGAGAUACUGCAGACGUUGAACUCUGACCCUGGCCUAGCUGUCGGCUUCGAGAGCUUCAGUGGUGUAGACUUCGAAGGGACAUUCUUCGUCGACACACAGAUCGACGAUGAUUACGUGGGAUUCAUAUUUGGCUACCAGAAUAACAAGCGAUUCUACGUGGUGAUGUGGAAGAAGAACACGCAGACGUAUUGGCAGACUACUCCAUUCAGAGCGGUGGCCGAGCCAGGCAUACAGCUGAAGCUGGUCAACUCAAAGACUGGUCCGGGCAAGACACUCAGAAAUGCACUCUGGAACACAGAGACUACGGCUGAUCAGGUGACGCUACUAUGGAAAGACCCGCGCAACGUGGGUUGGCGCGAAAAGACCGCAUACCGCUGGCGUCUACUGCAUAGACCGAAACUUGGUCUUAUCCGACUGAAAGUAUACGAGAAUAAUAGACUAGUGGCUGAUUCUGGCAAUGUAUACGACUUUACUCUCAAGGGAGGACGGCUCGGAGUGUUCUGUUUCUCACAGGAGAUGAUCAUCUGGUCCAAUCUUGUUUAUAGGUGUAAUGAUAAAAUCCCCUCGAACAUAGCGUCGGAGCUAUCGUCACGGAACAACUUCGAAGUGGAUCACGAUUUCGUCUACGUUUAGACAAUAACAGUACCUAAAAAUAAUCGAGUAACAUUUCCACUCGCUUCAAACAAAAGUAC